AUGCAGCUAUUUCCCAGUUUACCUGCAAGCCAACACUAUAAAUCACAUCUUUGGAAGAAAGUAACCCGUAUUGCGACGUAGUUGUACUUUUUUUUGCAAAGGUUUUAGUUUUAGUUCAGAAAUAAACUUUUGUACCGAACAAUGACUGCCUCUAAUCUCACCAAUGGAUCAGAGAAGAAUUUCAACUCCAAAGAGGAAAGAAAGCUUCGAAAACCACUGAUAGAGAAGAGACGUAGAGAACGUAUCAAUUCAAGUCUAGAGCAACUGAAGGGUAUUAUGGUGGAUGCCUACAAUUUGGAUCAAUCCAAGCUAGAAAAGGCAGAUGUUCUAGAGAUAACUGUGCAGCACAUGGAGGGUCUUCAGAAGACUCACGGGCCAGCAGGUUGCCAGGGACCCAGCAUGGCGUUUGAAUCCCGCCACCGUUACAGUAGUGGCUAUAUCCAGUGCAUGCACGAGGUGCAUAAUUUGCUCCUUAACUGUGCAGGCAUGGACAAAUCCCUGGGAGCCCGACUUCUAAACCACCUUCUAAAGGCUCUGCCCCAGAUGACUGGAGAGAACAGUGCCAGUGGAAAUACUGGCAACAACACUGCCUCCAAGAGCCCUCUCCCCACCUCCCCUUCCCAGUCACCGCUCCCCCUUGUCUCCUUUGCGCCCCGCUCUCUUCACCUCCACACUCCUCCUGCCACCCCUCCCUCACCCAGCAGCCCUCACUGCUCUCCUGGACUCCUCCUGCAGAGAGAGGGUGGUGGCAGCAGGUACCAGGAGCAGCCCUCCCCACCUAGGUCAUGCUCCCCCCAACCUCCAGCGCAUGCAGAGGCCCUUCCCCCCUUCUUCCCAGGGGGCAACCCCUCCAUGUGGAGGCCGUGGUGAUUGAGUGUAGCCCUCCCCCAUGUUUUCCUUGCCCCCUGCCUCCACUGUUCCCUAAUAGUGUCCAUUACAUCCUCCUCUCCUGGGAUGUUUGAGUGCCGGGAUUUUCACUCUGGGAGCACAGAGGUCAUGGAAUAAUAGCAGGUCUCAGAACCCCUGAGGGUUUUGUUGCAUCAUUUGAAGCACCGUUCUGUAUGGCUGAUUUAUAAUGGUGUGUGCUUAAUUGGAGUUUGGAAAACAAAGACUGUUACCAAGGUUACUUCCUCAGAAUGGGGCAUGGGUGGGAAAAAAAAACAGCUACUUCUCACUUAAUGGUAUUGAACUGUUACUUUGGUAUGACUGGAGUUUCUUUUUGCAUUGAAACUCUGUGUUUGUAUGGUUCUUUUUAUGUUUUCCCCUUUCUGUUUUUUCAAGGAUUGUUGUGGGUUUAUGUGGCAAAGGAUUUCUGUUACAGUAUAAUGGAUGUGUAAAUAUCUCAUGGUAAAUAUCUCAUUGACAGUGGCUCAAAGUGGAAGAAGUUGUAGUAAAUACUUAAUUCUUGUAUAUUACAAGAAGAGCAUGAAACUGGUUCCUCAUAUUGAAGCAAAUGAAACCAUUUUCCUUCUUUAAAUGUUUGAUAUCUGUGUGUAUAAUUGUUUUAUAUUGAUAGUGAGCAGCUAACAAUGGUGGUGAUGAAAGAAAGUAAGUUUUUGUUUCUAAGAAUGACAAGAUCCUUUGUGGAUGAAAAUUUAUUUGCAAAAUGAUCAUUUUUAGCUCCUCUGCUCAUUCUCCAGCUUUAUGUACAAGUAAAGUUGUAAAUGUGUAUAUUCUUUCUUUGUCACGCCUUUCAUUAUGUUAAAGCAGUUACAAGUAGCCACAGAGGGCCCUAUCCUGACUCCCGUACCAGAGCUGUGACUAGUAAAUAGGUGCUUCCACCUACUGGUCGAUUGCAGAAUUUCUAAGACCGUAGUUUAAAAACUGCUGAAUAUCAAAUUACUUAUUCUGUAUAUAUUAAAACAAAAAGUGGCCAGUGAUAGCCCUUGGAUAAAUAUUGUUGCUGGGAUGAAAAUGCACAUGUUGGAAUCUGGAAUCAUCAGUUCAAAUAUAUUUCUCUUCCACUGACAGAAACAUCAUUACAGUUCUAGGAUAUGAUAAGAAUAAGUCUGCCAAAUGUUCAUCAUUUUAAUCUGAUGAAACUAAAAAAUCUGUACCAUACUUGGACAGUUCACACUACAGUGAAUUUCAAUAUAAAAUUAGAAUAAAUGGCAUGUUUUUUGUAUUUGUUUACAUUUACGUAUAUUUCUCGCAUAAUCAUUACUAACAGAAGAAAGACCAAGCUUAACCUUAUGCUAAUAAAACAAAUGCUUAUAAUUAAAUCAUUCAAUAGAUUGCUUAUGUCAUGUAUUGAAAUGCAUUGCUAUUAAGGUUGGCUAUAGACAUAUAACAGGCCAAGAUUUCUGAGCUAUAGGCCAUUGUCAGAAUAAAGACACAAAGCACAGAACUAUUUAACAUUUGAGUUGUUUAAAUGUGCAUGUGAAGUAUUGUUUGCCAUUUGUCAGCGUCCUGAGCAGUAUCUUUUUUUCCCCCCUUCUUCUAGUCGCCUCGGUUUUUGCUUUUACCUUGUUUCAGAAUCUCGUUUUUGUACUUCUGCUCUCUACCAACCUGGUCUUGCAGAUUCAUCCUAUAUCUCGGAAUAAUUGUGUAUUACUUCUGGUAUACUUUUGGGUGACAAAGGUUGGGUUCUGUGUGUUGUAGUACCACAAUAAAUGUUUGUGUCUGA